UUUUUUUUUUUUUUUUACUCUUUUAAAAUAUUUUAUUCCAAGUUAUUAUAAAUGGUUGCUGAUAAAUUCGAUUCUAUUAAAGUUGGUACAGGCGAAGACCUUGUUACUUUAACUCGUUGGGUUAUUGCUCAACAACAGGAAGCUCCUGAAGCUACAGGUGAUCUUACUUUACUAUUGACAGCGAUUCAAUUCGGUUGUAAAUUCGUUGCAUCUAAAGUAAGACAGGCUGGUCUAGUCAACUUGUUAGGAUUGACGGGCACAGCUAAUGUUCAAGGUGAAGAUGUGAAGAAAUUAGAUGUAUUAGCAAAUGAUAUCUUCCGUAAUGCUUUAAUUGGUUCUGGUAAAGCAUGUUUACUUGUAUCUGAAGAAGAUGAAAAUGCUAUGAUUAUUGAAAAUCCUGAACAAAGAGGCAAAUAUGUUGUUACCUUUGAUCCUCUUGAUGGAUCUUCAAAUAUUGAUUGUGGUGUUUCUAUUGGUACUAUCUUUGGUAUUUUUAAAGUGAAAGAUGCCGAUAACCCAAGUAUUAAAGAUUGUAUUCGUAAUGGACGUGAGUUAAUUGCUGCUGGUUAUUGUAUGUACGGUUCUUAUUGUGAAAUGAUUUUGUCUGUCGGUAAUGGUGUAAAUGGCUUCACAUUAGAUCCUUCUAUUGGUGAAUUUAUUAUGACACAUCCAAAGAUCGUCAUUCCUCCUCGUGGUAAGAUUUACUCUGUUAAUGAAGGCAAUUACAAAUACUUUGAUGAACCAAGUAAGAAAUAUGUGGAUAAAGUCAAACAGAAAUAUAGCGCUCGUUAUGUAGGUUCUAUGGUAUCCGAUAUUCAUCGAACUUUAUUAUAUGGUGGCAUCUUUGGUUAUCCUGCUGACUCAAAGUCAAAGAAAGGAAAACUUCGUAUUCUCUAUGAAGUCUUCCCAAUGUCUUAUUUGAUUGAACAAGCAGGUGGCAAGGCUACAACAGGUACAAAAAAUUGCUUGGAUUUAGUUCCUGAACAUAUUCAUGAUCGUUCAGGUAUAUGGCUUGGCUCAAAGGAAGAUGUUGAAGAAUUGGAAUCAUUUUAUAAAAAAUAAAAAAUAAAUAGUGUAUCAUAUUAUUAUUUCUUUGUGUAACUGAAUGAAACAUCAUCUCAUUACUUUCACACGCCUACUUUUAUGAAACAAAGGGUAUUCAUUUUAAUUAAUUUCCAGAGCUAUUUUUAUCUCAAUACUAUAGUUCGUCCUUUGCAGCAACGAUUGAUCUUUAUUCUUAAUAAAGUCCUUCCAUUA